AUGAGGCAACCAUGGUUCGAGUGGCCGCAAGGCAAGCUCGGCACGGACAAUGGACAAGCUGAUCAGAACCCAAGGAAGAAGUGCUCCUAUCACAAUGAGCUCGGCCACUACACAACGGCAUGUGCUCCGUACAAGGCGCUGUUGGAGCGUCUGGCGGCCCAAGGCCAUCUCGACCAAUACAUCGAUCGAGCAAAAACACCCGCCCGCCCACCUGUCGGAAAUCCCAACCUCAAUGAACCACGACCGACGAUACAUGUCAUCUACGGCCCAGUAACAAAAGAAUCUGAAGCACACCUCCGAGCCGACCUCGAUCACGCCUCCACUUCUAAACAGGUACUUGCUGUAAGACCCGGGUCAAAGCGACCGCGCCCGGACGAAACGCCCAAGUGGACUAUCACUUUCACCGAGCGCGACCUUGAGUUCGUACAAACUCCACACUCUGAUGCUCUCGUCGUUACAAUGCAAAUCGGAGUCCACGAUGUCAAGCGAAUCCUCAUCGACCAGGGAAGCUCGGCAGAGGUGAUGUACUAUGAUUUGUUCAAAAAGCUCGACCUCCCAGAGUCAGCCCUACAACCCGCCGAAGUCCUUCUAAUCGGAUUCAACGGAGCACCGGUUUGGCCACUCGGACGAAUCUUCCUUCCGGUCGUCGCAGGUUCGAAAACAUUAACCAUUUAG